GCCAGCAAGAUGUAAACAAGGAAGAGAAUAAAAGCGCCUAGCGAGCAGAGCUCCGGUUUGUGUUGAUUAAAAGUCGAUUCAGCUCAGUUCGAGCUUUAUUGUUUUUUUCCGCGUUUACUGUAUAUUACUUCCACAAAUUAAUUAACAAAUAUUUCGUUGUAUUGAAAACGUCUCAUAGUCAUAAACACUUUUAAUACCGAAUUAUUGCUAAAAUGGACCCCAAACACAGACAGAUACUUCAGAGGAACAGGCGUAAUCUAGUCACGGCAUUAAAUCCUGCAGACAUCUGCGAUGGACUUUUGUCAAAGGGGGUCUUCACCCAGGACAUGAUCGAUGAAAUACAGAGCAAGAUAACAAGACGUGACCAAGCCAGGCAACUGGUGAUAGACUUAGAGACGAGAGGGAGUCAGGCUUUUCCAGCUUUCCUGGAGUGUCUGCGUGAAACUGGCCAACAUGCCCUCGCAGAGCUCCUUCAGUGUGGAGAUGGUGCUCGUCUGCCUCCUUCUGUCCCCAUACAGCCUUCGCUGAUCCCUCUGCCAGUCCAAAAUCCAAAAUAUACAGAAAAACCUGACAGACCUGAUUUUACUCCAUCACGGUUAGGACCACUGAGACCAGAACGACUCCCUGUGCCCAAUCCUCUUAGCCCAUCUUCUGAAACUCAAGCUGUGAGACCAACCAGACCGAGAAGAGACAGUAUACAGUGCUAUAAGAUGGAUGCCAGUCCUUGUGGGAUCUGCCUGAUUAUAAACAAUGUGGAUUUUGACCCAGACUGUGAUCUAAAAGAUCGAAAGGGGUCCGACAUUGACUGCGACAAGAUGGAGAAAAGAUUUAAAGCUCUCAACUUUGAGGUUAUUGCAAAAAGGAACUUGAAGUACAAACGCAUAAGACAUGAGAUGGCAUCUUUAGCAAAGAGGGAUCAUUCUGCGUAUGACUGCUGUGUGGUGAUCAUCCUUUCACAUGGUACUGAGGCAAACCACAAUCGUUUUCCCGGAGCAGUUCAUGGUGUUGACGGACCAGCUGUCCCAGUUCAGUUAAUCACAAACUACCUCAACGGCCAGAACUGUCCUUCUCUGCAGGGCAAGCCCAAACUGUUCUUCAUCCAGGCUUGUGGAGGAGGUGAGAAGGACACAGGUUUUGAGGUUUCUCCAGAUGAGGUGGAGCCCUCUUUGGGUGGGAUAGAUGACCAGAUGGACGCUAUUCCCAUAUCCUCCAGCAGUGACUCUCUCAGCACAUCUGAUGAACUUGAUGCUCGGGCCACUUUGCCUACACCCAGCGACAUCCUGGUGUCCUACUCAACCUUUCCAGGCUACGUCUCCUGGAGGGACACACAGGCCGGAUCCUGGUAUGUGGAGAAUCUUGAUUGUGUGCUUGAGGAGAAUGCUGCCACGGAUGAUCUGGUGACCAUGCUAAUGAUGGUAAAUGCUGCAGUCUCCCAGAUAUCUGCCAAAGGCUUGUAUAAACAAAUGCCCGGAUCGUUCAACUUCCUCCGAAAACUUCUCUACUUUCAGUCUUCACUGUCAUGAUCACUCUAAGAUUUUUUUUUGUUUUUGCUGCAGUGGGAACACUACCAUGUACUUGAUAUAAUGUGAUAAAAAAAACAUAUUUGUAAUUUUUACAUCAUAAACUGAACCACGUGAACAGAACAUUUGACUGGAAUUUUUGGUUUUAACAUGAUUCUAUUUUUAGAAUUCUACAUUUGCAAGCAGAAGGUGAACUUCACAAAUAUAAACCACUAAAAACUUGUAACUUGUUAACUGUAAAAUGCAGAUGGAUUUUUUUUAACAUUCUAUAGUGCACGGCAGUAGGAGGACAAUAGACUUUUAAUGCAGUUGUGGUUCAUUUGUGGUAUUUGACGGUGGUUAACGGUCACUAUGUUCUUAAGAAAUAUCCAGUUGCAUACUGUGCAUCUUUUCUACUGAAUAAAAAAUACAUUUCAGAUAAAUAAAAAUCUAAAAUGAACCUUAUAGUUCCAUUAAUGAGACUAAUACAGUCACAAACAGACUUAGAUUUAGAUUUAUCAUGGGAAACAGAUAAGACACUCAGGAGAGGAAGGAAAUGAAUAGGUCCUCACACACUAACACCAAUAAAACACAUACAA